AUGUCUCAAUCACACACCCUGGAUCAGCUAGAGGACAUCCUACCACAUGCCCACCAUACCUGCACAAGCUGCGCUAUCCCCGAGACCACGGCUAGCAGGCAACGAGCCUCAAUUGCGGCCCAAUCCCUCGACCAGGAUGGGUACCUCCCAGAGAAAGUCUCAGAAGCCUACAGAACCCAUGAUAUCAACGCGCUCUCCCCCGAAAAGACCGUCUUUUACCUAGCCUACGGUUCGAACCUGGCCUCCGAAACCUUCCUCGGACGGCGCGGCAUCAAGCCACUCUCCCAGCUCAAUGUCAUCGUCCCAGGCCUCCGGUUGACCUUCGACCUCGCUGGCCUUCCAUACACGGAACCCUGCUUCGCUGGAACUCACUUUCGAGACCCUGCCUCCGAGCAACCUUGCGAAGCCACCCCCGAAGCCGACGACACCCGCCUCCCAGAAGAGCAGUCCCUCCUUACAACCUCAGACCGCGAUCAGCAAAUCACACAUCCGCCCAAAUACAAAGGACCCCUAAUUGGUGUCGUCUACGAAGUCACCCUAACCGACUAUGCAAAAAUCAUCGCCACAGAAGGAGGCGGCCGCGGCUACAAAGACAUCAUUGUAGACUGCUACCCCUUCCCGCACGCCUAUGACCCUGCAGACCCAAUUCCCGAACAUCCAACCACCGAGCCCAUUAAGGCACACACUUUGCUCUCACCCGCUGCUCAGCAAGAGCUUGUACCCCGUCGCACACGCUCGCGCUGGUCCUCUCCCCCCAAUAUCCGGCCGAACCCUUACUGGGCGCAGCCGUCCGCGCGGUACCUGAACUUGCUCACGACAGGGGCAGAAGAGCAUAACCUUCCUCUGGUUUACAGGGAGUAUCUGGCUCAGAUCAAAACGUACCGGAUUACUACGGUGCGGCAGAGGAUUGGUAAGGCGGUGUUCAUUGCUACCUGGGGUCCUUGGCUUCUUUUGAUGCUGGCUCUCUCCAGGAUAUUUGCUGGCCCGGAUGGGCGGAGUCCCCCAUGGGUGGCGAGGUAUGGGGAUACGUUGGUUUCUAUGAUGUGGGCUGUGUAUGAUAAUGUGUAUGUACAUGUUUUUGGGGAUGGUGAGAGGACGAUUGGGGAGUAA